CAGUGACAUACUACUGGAUGCACGUUUGAAAUUUCAUGAGAAUCCGAGGAAAGUGAAUGCUAGAAAUACUGUGGGCAUGCUGUCCUUUUUGUUUUGGACAAUCGAAAUCAUCGCAAUUUAACUUUAAAAAUGCGAGCUCUCAGUCAUUCUAGGCAACUAUUGUUGCUUUUUUCUUUAAGUCCUCAAUCCAUUACAGCACUUCCUCAGAACCUUAAACCACGAGUCGACAAUGGUCUAGCUACUACUCCGCCCAUGGGGUUAGUAUUUCAUUUUUCUCAUACUCUCACCUGCGUCUUGCUCUCUAACAGAUUAUUAGAUGGAACUCGUAUAACCAUUAUUCCUGUAGUCCAAAUGAAACUAUCAUUCAUAGUAACGCCCAAGCUCUAGUCUCCCUUGGUCUCUCUGCUCUAGGCUACCACUAUGUGACUGUUGAUUGCGGAUGGACUUUGCCUGAUAGAACUUCUGCUGGAACAUUGACAUGGAAUCCCGACCGGUUUCCGAAUGGUUAUCCAGCUUUGGGGACUUUUAUUCAUGGACUGGGGCUGGGCUUUGGAGUUUAUUCAGAUGCUGGGGUACAAAUGUGUAUGACUGGCACUCCGACACAAGUGGGUAGUCUAUGUGAGUUUGUUAUUGAUUUCUAUAAUUGAAACCGAUCAAGUGGUUAUGGGAGUGUUUUUAAAGAAAAAUACUGACAACAACAGAUCAUGAACUGACAGAUGCACAAACCUUCGCAUCAUGGGGAGCAGAUCUGUUGAAAUGUAAGGAACGCUUCCAAUUGCAAAGGAAGCGCCCAGGCUGACAAUUUCAGAUGAUAACUGCUAUUCAGACGCAGCAACUGGAUAUCCAAACACCAAUUAUGUGCCCUCGACAUCUCCAUCUCUGCGUUAUCAGAACAUGACCAAUGCCCUCGCCACUUUAAGCAAGCCCAUGCUUUUCCAGAUCUGCGAUUGGGGUGUUGAUUUUCCUUCCGCAUGGGCUCCAUCCAUGGGAAACACCUGGCGCAUCACCAACGACAUCAUACCCUCGUAUUCCACGAUUCCAAGAAUUCUAAACCAGGCUGUACCCCAGACGCCUUUCGCCGGUCCUGGGCAUUGGUUAGAUCUUGAUAUGUUGGAGGUUGGGAAUAAUGUUUUGACUACUACUGAAGAACAAACGCAUUUUAGUUUAUGGGCGAUUUUGAAGAGUCCAUUGGUAAUCGGAGCAGCUUUAAAGGAUACAUACACGAGUAUUAGCUCUGCCUCUUUGACUAUCCUUAGCAACAAAGAUGUUAUAAGUUAUAAUCAAGAUACAUUAGGCGUUGCAGCAAGUUUUCAACGAAGAUGGACAACGGAUGGAUAUGAAGUAUGGGCGGGGCCAUUGAGUGGAGGUCGUACUGUAGUAGCGCUCAUUAAUCUUCAAAAUACUGCGAAGACACUUACCUUGGAUCUCUCAGAUGUGGGAUUGCAGAAAGCAAGUACUCUCAAGAAUAUUUGGGCCGGUACAAGCGCGACGAAUGUUGUGACAUCAUAUUCUGCAACCGUGGGUGCGCAUGGGACGAUGCUUUUAGAACUUGGGGGGACAACUGUUUCGGGUACAUAUGCUGCUAGUGAUGCUGCUGUUUCUGGGUUCGUUAUUUGCUUAGGCUUUCGAAUCUUCCUUUACUGUUUGAAUACUAAUUUGACUAUAGCUCAACUAUCACAUUCUCCAAAAUUUACGGUCAAACCUCGAGCUCUAACUACACCGUCACACUUCAAUUCAGCUCUUCGUCUACCUCCUCAACAACUUUCACCGUCGCCUCAAAAAAAUAUACUCUCCCAGCAGGCUCAAAAUCUCUAGCCAUAGGCUCCCUCUCAUUUACAGCAUCCAGCACAAACACCCUCGCUAUAACUUCAUCCUCCACACUCCUGCCUUCUUCCAUCGCAGUCGCAUCACCACCAGCAACAUUCUACUCCUCAUCUAGCAUGAGUAUCUCCGGUAGCGCCACCCAUGUAACAUGCAGCACAAACUACUGCGCUCCCAGCGGCACAAAAAUCGGCUACCUAACUCCCAGCGGCUCCGCCUCCAUCACUGUCAAUGCCCCCUCAACAUCAACUACUACGUCCUCCACAAAAUAUCUUUCCAUUUAUUUCUGCAACAAUGACGUUGCAUUCAGCACAUCCUGGACUACCGGUACCAAUACGCGCAAUAUGACGAUUAGCGUCAAUGGCGUUGUGACACGCGCCGAAUUUCCACUCAGUGGGAAGAGUUCCGAGUUAUUUGGGACGAAGGGAUGGCAAGAUACGGGAAUUUUUGGUAUUUUGACUAGUGGGUGGAAAACUGGGAGUAAUGUUUUGACAUUUGGAAAUGCUGCAGGGGGAUUGGUGGAUUAUGCGGCGGAUUUGGUUGGCGUGGGUAUUUAUUGGUGAUGUAGAUAAGAACAUUGAAACGAGAAGGUGAAGAAAUUGGAAAGCACAUAUUGGCAUGUUUUUGAGGUGUCUUGUAA